CCCCCCAUCCUACUACGGCAAGGGCUUUCAAGAAUUCAGCAAGCCCCCAAAAUUCUCACCCAAAACAAAUCCCUUUUUAAUCAAACAACUGUCAUUUUUUGAUAGCAUUUAAUCUCUGUGAUUUCAAACAAAAUCAGUCACGGUAUGGAUUCAGACAAGGAGGAUUGCGUGUUCUUCGGUACACCGAUAGAGCGUGAGGAAGAGAUCACCAACCGUCGGAAAAAAGCCGUUGCCGAAGCUUCUGGCAACCUCCGCUCGCUCCCUGCCUGGAAGCAAGAGGUUAGAGAUGAAGAAGGACGGAGAAGAUUUCAUGGUGCGUUUACUGGUGGAUUUUCUGCUGGUUACUACAAUACGGUUGGCUCUAAAGAGGGUUGGGCCCCACAGUCAUUUACAUCAUCGCGGAAGAACAGAGCUGAAGUCAAACAACAGAGCAUUAUCAACUUUUUAGAUGAAGAUGAGAAAGCUGAAUUGGAAGGUCAGUAUUUGGGAACAUCUUCACAAUUUGACACAUUUGGAUUUACAGCUGCUGAGUAUGCUCGAAAACAAGCGGAUAAGGAACAAAAGCAAAGGCCAUCUGCAAUUCCUGGACCUGUUCCUGAUGAACUUGUUCUUCCAGCUGCUGAGUCUAUUGGUGUAAAAUUGCUGCUGAGAAUGGGAUGGCGACAUGGCCGUGCUAUUAAGGAAUCGAAUGCAAGUUCACUAUAUGAUGCUCGUAGAGAAGCUAGAAAAGCUUUUCUAGCAUUUGCUUCUGAUGAUACAAAGGCAUCACACCCUGAUCAUGAGCCUGUUGAGGGUCAGCCUGAGAGCUUGGCUGAGCAGCCUGCCACUAACGAUGCUAAGUCUUCUCAAAGCUUACCUGUUUUUGUGCUCAACCCAAAGCAGGACUUGCAUGGUUUAGGAUAUGAUCCUUUUAAGCAUGCUCCUGAGUUUAGGGAAAAGAAAAGAUCACACUUGUCCAAUAAUAAGCAGCAUGGGUACAGAAAAGCUAUAUCAAUAAAAGAUAGUCCCUUUGGUUCCAAGUCAGGAAAAGCUGCUCCUGGUUUUGGAAUUGGUGCACUUGAAGAAUUUGAUGCUGAAGAUGAAGAUAUUUAUGCUGCUGGUUAUGACUUUCAAGAAACUUACGUAGAAGAGGAUGAAGAGCCGUCAAGAUUGAGCAUAGAGAGUAAACAAAAGGUGGUUGCGAAGGACCAGGGUAUUCUGCGUGGUUUCAAAGUUGCAUCAGUUUCUGACUACCAGUUAGAAAGGUUUGAUCCUCCUCUAAUCCCAAAGGAUUUUGUGCCACACCAUAAAUUUCCUGGCUCUCUCGAGACUCUCAAGAAGCUUGAUGUUCCCUCUCCCCCAGUGGUUCCUCCUCCUGAUGAUAAUAAUCUGAAACUCUUAAUUGAGGGGGUUGCAACAUUAGUAGCUCGGUGUGGUAAAUUAUUCGAGGAUCUUUCCAGAAAGAAGAAUCAGUCAAAUCCAUUGUUUAGUUUUCUUUCUGGAGGAAAUGGGCAUGAUUAUUAUGCAAGGAAGCUCUGGGAGGAGCAUCAGAAACGUGGCAAUCAAGGCAAGCUGUCAUUGGAUGGAAAACUCUCACCAAGUGUGCAGAAGAUGACGGCAGAGAGCCGUGGCAAAUUAUUAGGAGAAAAACCUUUGGAAAGAAGCUUGAAAGAGACCCCAAGCUCAUCUGUUGCUUCUGGAGAAUUUGUUCAGCUCCAAUUCAAUCUAUCAGAUACAUUUACAAAUCCUGCAUCAUUUAGUGAGUUGCCAGAAGUUGCAAAACCAUUCAAAGAUGAUCCUGCAAAGCAAGAAAGGUUUGAGCUAUUUCUCAAGGAAAAGUACGAAGGAGGACUUCGUUCUACAGGGUCUAGUGCAGCUAGUAAUAUGUCAGAAGCAGCUCGUGCUCGUGAGAGAUUGGAUUUUGAGGCAGCUGCUGAGGCAAUAGAGAAAGCGAAACGGGGAAAGGAAAGCAUGAUCUCUACACAGCCAUUUGACCUUUUAGCCACUGGAAUGCAGUUUACCUCUGGUGGACUAGAGCAAGUUAAAGACGCUCAUGCUGAAGAUUUGGUGACAAAGAAAAUGUACCCAAGAAGGGCAGAGUUCCAAUGGCGACCUUUACCUAUUUUAUGCAAGCGCUUUGAUCUCAUUGAUCCUCAUAUGGGGAAGCCACCACCACCUCCACGCAUGAGAAGUAAGAUGGAUUCUCUACUUUUCAUGCCAGAUUCUGUUCAAGGUGCUAAACUAGAAGAUGUUAUUACAAAUAGAGAUCUUCCUGUUGCUCAAACUGAUGCUCAUAAGACAAUUGGAGAUGUAGCUGAAAAGGAAAUUGAAAUUGAAGUUGAAAAUGUUGAAAGGCCUGUCGAUCUCUAUAAGGCUAUUUUUUCUGAUGAUUCUGAUGAUGAUGUGGAAGACUCUAAUACCAACAAAGUGGGGGAUCCAGAGAAGAAGAUUGAAACAGCAACUACAACUCUAAAUCGUUUGAUAGCAGGUGACUUUCUGGAAUCCUUAGGAAAAGAACUGGGCUUGGAGGUUCCCCCUGAUGCGCCCUAUUCGACAAAUAAAGCCAGCAUUCCUGCCCAGAUAGAAACACCUAACGGUGAUGCUGAAAAUGCUAAAAUCAUUCUUGUUGAAGGUAGAACUUCUUGUACUUCUAAUGCUGUCAGUGGAACUUCUCUAAACCCUGGACAAGAAACUGCUCGGGAUAGUGAAUCCUCAAAAAAUGAAUCCAUUCCUGGCAGCUCUUUGAGAUAUAGUAGCAAAUAUACUGAUGGUUUGUCCGAGAACAUAUCUGAUAAGGUCAAUGUGGAAAAGUUUGCUCAAGAGGAUAGGAGAGCCAAAUCACCCUCCAGGCAACAAAGAAACUGGAGCAGCAGUUCCUCAUCAGAAGAUGAAAGGAGUAGAAAACAUUCUAGGCAGCAUCGUCAUAGAAGCAGUGAUUCAUGUAGUGAUUCAUCCACUGAUCAUCGAGAUCGCAACCGUUCUAGGUCAAAAGGGAGAUGGAAAAAAUCCUCUCGGGAGAAGUCUAGUAGCAGCAGAAAACACUCAAAACAUCAUAAACACAGAAAUAGGGACUCUGCCGGCAGAUCCCGUUAUGGUUCUGAGAGGGAACAUUCAGAAGCCAGGAAAGAGAAACGAAAACGGAGGGAUUGAACAUAAGCAUCUAUUUUCUUCAUUCCUAUCUUCAUACAGAAAUUUUUGGUCUGUAUCUCUCCAUGGAACCAAACCCCAAAAUUUGACGGUUGAUUAAUUUUGUUUGAUGUUCUGGCCGCUGAAACGUUCGUGGAGAUUAUUCACUAGCGUGGGUCUUGUGUCCAGAUCUUGUUGGGAGGGAGUUAAAAUCCAUCGAGGCUUGCAUUUGAUGAAAUGAUUCAUUUAACUGAAAGCAGGGAAGCAUGGGCCUGGUUAGGGAGGAAAAGUGGAUGGAGGGGAUUUAGAAGGUUGGUGAUGCUAUUAACAUGCAAAAGCCCUGAUGGCAGUAUCUAUGUUGGGCGACGUUUGAACUGAACAUGAAAUAUGUCUAGCGGUAUACAUACAGACAGCUAUACAGCUAUACUAUAAUUUAUGAAUGCCGUUUGUGCUGUAAGAUUAUGAAUGUAAUUUCGGAAUAGUGGCCAGGUACCUCUCUGGCCUCCUUGAUCAAAUUUUGAACUCUUGCUGCAUCCUCUCGGUUCUACUUCUGAAAUGGAAGUGACCUGCAUAUUAAUUCCACCGAAAUUUAUCA